AUGGAUCAGCUGACCAUUAAAUUCUGUUUGAAAGUGGUGCAAGAGAUACCUGAUGUUUCAUUUCAAAAGGAAGAAUUUGAUGGUCCUUUUUCAUCCACCACCGCAUUGGCUUUAGAAUCUUCGGUUCAGAUUCUCGUUAUCAAACUUAAGUUAACCGAAGAAAAGCAGACAGCUAUUCGGGAUGUCAUACAGACUGAUCUUCCCCCAAACGCUGAAGGUGUUUGUGUAAGGUGCUUUGGGAAGGUUGAGAAAGUGCUGAAGUACCAAAAAGAAAUAAAAGACAUACUGAAAACAUUCGAAGAGAACAUGAAAAGAAACAGGGCCAAAACGCCAGGAUCCUCCACCCGUAAAAAAAGAGGUCGGGCUUCUCCCAAGACACACGAACAAGUGACCAUUCACAGACCAGCUGUUGAGCAUGCCACUGCUACAUGUGUUUCUGAGACUCGCUACAGGCCUAUAAUGCCGCAGCCACCACAAACUGAGGGAUCAUUACAAGGCUGCAAAAGUUUUCCAGAUAUUACGGGCCAUGAUACUUUAGAGAUUGCAGUAGAUGUUCUACGGACAUCAGCUGAGCCUGCCAAGGAGGAUUUUGGUACGUAUCACAUUUUUUUAAUUUUAUUUAAAACCAAAUAAAUG